AUGCUGAAUCCAAUAUUGUUCUCAUAUAAAGGUUUGGAAUUAGAAUUUAAUUUGGCAGAGGAGGUACUCAGAUUGUCAAAUUCUUUAAAUUUUACACUUGAAGGAAGUCCAUUUUAGAAAAUAGCAUAUAUUCAUAAUAUGCACUAGGACGAGAGAUGGAAUACGAUUGGAGCGAAGGCGUAGAAUAAGGUGGAGUAAUUGAAUUCUGAAGGAUAUAAUCUUUUAGGAAAGGUACAUUUAAGAAAAGGGGAAUUAUUAUUAUCUUCAAAUUUAUAGGAACCCUAUAUGAUGGUCACAAUUAUUAGUUAAAAUAUCAUUAAUGAUGAUGAUUUAGAUCUUGAGUGGAAAAAUAAAAUUAUAUGA